AAGAAAAGAAAAGAAAAGAAUAGAAAAUCAAAACGGUGAGUCGUGGGAAGAAAGAUAAAAUGAACGACAAUGAAAAGUGGUUUAUUAUAAAAUUAAAAAAUUAAAAAAAUAAUUAAAAAGGCGGUACUUCGCAGAACCUUCAUGGGCAACGGUGGCUUAAUUCACUUCCAAUCCAUGCCGGCCAUCAAAUCACCAUCAUUUUUCUUUCUCUCUCUCUCUCUCUCUGUCUAGGCAAAAACAAAAAUAAAAAAGCUCUCAGAAUUAAAUCUCAGAAUAAGUAAACAAAGAAGACGAAACCAGCAAAAACAGAAAAAGAGCCAAUUUAAAACCCGACCCGAACGAAAGCCUUCUGAUCCGAGCUGGCGGAGUCUACACUCUCAGGCUCUCGCUGAGCUCAGAGCCCAAAUCACUUUUCGGGAUCGAAUCGGAUCCAGUUCUCGGAUCACUGGUGUUUUUUCUUCUUCUUGUGCUAGGAGUUAAAUCAGAGAUAUUAUGUUUGUCUGCUCUGCUCGUGUUGCUUGUGUCUGUACUUAAAUUGGUUGAUAACCUGUCAGUGCAGAUGGGAUCAAUUGAGGAGAAGACAGACCUUGAGUCUGAUGAGGAGAUCCCUUUUAGCACAUCACCAGCCGGAAGGAAAAUGAAUUCAUUGGAUUUUGAGAUUUCGAAGACAGACCUUGAGUCUGAUGAGGAGAUCCCUUUUGGCACAUCAUCAGCCGGACGGAAAAUCAAUUCAUUGGAUUUUGAGAUGGCCCAUAUGCGUUCGCGUGUGAAUUCGGUGAACUCAUUUAUUUACAAGCUCAUGCGAAUAAGACCUCUUGGGAGUAUUUACAUCAUCUUAAUUAGAGCAAAGAUCAACAUACUGCUACCUUUUGGUCCGUUGGCAAUAUUGCUACACUAUGUCACUGGAAAACAUGGAUUGGUCUUCUUCUUUAGCUUAUUGGGCAUCACACCAUUGGCAGAGCGUCUAGGAUUUGCAACAGAGCAGCUUGCUUUCUACACGGGAUCAACAGUUGGAGGUCUUCUGAAUGCCACAUUUGGAAAUGCGACAGAAAUGAUAAUAUCGAUUUAUGCUUUGAAGCAUGGAAUGAUUAGGGUUGUUCAGCAAUCUUUACUGGGAUCCAUCUUAUCAAACAUGCUCCUAGUGCUUGGAUGUGCUUUCUUCACUGGUGGGAUAAUUCAUCAUAAGAAAGUUCAAGUUUUCAAUAAGGCAGCUGCCAUUGUGAACUCUGGAUUGCUGUUAAUGGCAGUAAUGGGUAUAAUGUUUCCAGCUGUACUUCACUUCACACACUCGGAACUACAUUUUGGGAAGUCUGAGUUGUCUUUAUCAAGAUUUAGCAGCUGUAUAAUGCUAGUGGCGUAUGCAAGCUACCUUUUCUUUCAGCUUAGAAGUCAGCAGAACUUAUAUGGUCCUCUUGAUGGGGAAGGAGACAAUAAUGAAGAUUCCGAUGAAGAGGAAGCUCCUGAGUUAACUCACUGGGAAGCAAUUUGCUGGCUUGCUAUUUUGACUGUAUGGGUGUCAAUUUUAUCUGGAUACCUUGUUGAUGCCAUCCAGGGAGCAUCUGAGUCGCUGAACAUGCCUGUGGCUUUUAUUAGUGUCAUACUGCUCCCUAUUGUAGGAAAUGCAGCAGAGCAUGCAAGUGCGAUCAUGUUUGCCAUGAAAGAUAAGCUUGACAUCACACUUGGAGUUGCUAUUGGAUCUUCUACACAAAUAUCUAUGUUUGUGAUCCCGUUCUGUGUAGUUGUUGGGUGGAUCAUGGGACAGCCUAUGGAUUUAAAUUUUAAACUCUUUGAGACUGCUACACUCUUUAUAACUGUGCUGGUAGUGGCAUUUAUGUUACAGGAAGGAACCUCAAACUAUUUUAAAGGCUUGAUGCUUAUUCUGUGCUACCUCAUAGUUGCAGCCAGUUUCUUUGUACACGUUGACCCUUCAAAUGAUGACGAUUAACAUAAUCAAUGGCUCGGUGUUGGUGCAUGCGGACAAUGUAUCUCCACUGCAAAAGAGGAAGCAGGCAAUGUACUCAAAGCUACUCUUCCAUUAAUUUUCAAGCCUGCAUUUUGUUUUAUUUCUCUAGAUCAUGUAAUGGAACACCCAUAUGAUCUGCCAGCAUCAGAAGCUGGAAAAUUUUUCAUCGUUGUAAAAUAGAGUUGAACAAAUUUAUGUUGACAAACAUGAGAAUUGAGCUGUAAUCUUUGUUUUUGCGAUUCUCAUUCUUUCUCAAAUGUUUGUCAUAAAAUGACCCUUCAAUUUCAAUUUCAACAAAUUACAUUUUAUUAAA